AACUCGAGCGCGGGUCGCGUUAAGCUUUUUAUCAAUUCACUUUUACGAUUUCGACGCGAUUUGCUCCACUUCAACGCUCGAUGGUUUCUUCAUCCUCCUCCGGACGAACUUUUUCGCACUCUCGAGGUCGAGAACUUUCUUCCAACACCGUGAAGGAACCAUCAUAGCGCGAUGGCGAUGUCAAUGGGUCCUCCAUUGCUUCCUGGCUACUCACUCCGAGUUCAGCUGUUUUCACCAAAUGCGCACAACUCCAAAGACUCACCGAUUCGGUGCUUUCGCGUGGUCACGUCUCCUGAUGUUACGGUCAGGGAAUUCUGUCAAGAAACUUCAAGAAUCCAUGAGAUUAAUUAUGGGGAACCACUUGCCGUCAAGAAAGUCCAGGACGAAGAAGGAUUCGACAUUACACAGAGUGAAGUUCUGGGUACUCUGUUUGCGACGACUUCCAUAAUUCGAGUUGUUCAAGCUUCUACCAACCCAAGCAUACGGGAUUCAGUUCCUCCUUCGUCCGCUCUGCGAUUUGACCCAGCCGCAGGUCGCAAACGAGGAGCAAGUGCAAGACCAGAAAGCCAUGCGGCUUCAAGCUCGUGGAAGCCUAAUAAGAGACAACGAGUCUCGAAUCUUGACCCUGACGAGCCUCUUCCCUCCCGUGAAGAUGAAUCUGAAGUUGCAGGACCUUCUCGGGCGAGUCGACGAACACCUAGCGAGAAAAUCAUACCAGAUUCCCAAGGAAGUAUCGCUCUAGGAGUCCAAAAGGUCUUCAACAAUACACGCCAAGUAAGACAAGACCUUCCCAUGAUCCCCGAGACACCAUCUCCGUCACCACCACCGGAGGUUCUCAGUCUACCAAGUAAGAAGCAACCCAUAGCUGAUACUCAUACUCCAAAGGCUGUCGACAAUCCAAAGAACGAAGACUCGAGUUUUCUUUCCAACGUCGACAAUUCUAGUCCUCUCCGGGAAGCAUCUGCUCGAGCACAAUCACACGUUUCCCGGGCGAAGAGCGCGAGCUAUCACAUCCAGAGAGCGACGGAGAGGGGGAGGUCGGUCUCAACCGCUGCUACAAGCCCACUAUCUCUUGACCAGCUGAACAACUUCGAAAAUGGGGUUAAUUCAUCGAGCAAACGGAAGCGACCAUCGCCUAAACCCAUACUACCUAAGCAUAAUGGUACUCCGUUUCGGUCACAUAACGAGGACUCUAUCUAUGAGAAUAUCGUGUCAGAUGACGAAGGAUCAGCUGUAUUCAGGAGAAAGAGAGAGGCAUCAAAGGCGAAGAACAGUCCAAGACCUAGUACAGACCGGACUCAGAACGGUGUCAAUACUCCACCUAAUGCUUCGCGGCGAACGUCCGCGGCCCGUGAACCUACCACUACUCCUGGUGAACUACCUUUAACUCCGAACAGCGAGGAGCGUCAGAGACAACAACAAAAGAAGCAAUUAGAUGAGGCCAGGAAAGCUAGAAUCGCUGCUGCAGAGGCUGCAGAGCAACGAAAGAAGGAGGCGGAGGAUCGACAAGCUGAAGAGCUCAAAACUGCAGAGAAGGAACGGAUCCAGCGUGAAGAGCAUGAGCGACACGAGGUGGAAGCUUUCAAUCGUGCUCAAGCAGAGCUUAAGCAAAAAUUAAUCGACCAAGCUGCGCGUGCAGAGGCGGAAAGAAUAGAGCGGGACAAGAAGGAGGCAGAGGAAGCAAAGCGAAGUGAAGAGGCUAGGAUUGCCAGGGAGGAAGCCGAGGAGACACAACGACCCCAAGAUGCACGCCUUGCCAAGAGGAAAGCAGAGGAAGAACGGCUUGCCAAAGAGAAAGCAGCUGAAGAAACUCGUGUUGCAGAUGAACAAAAGCUUGAAGAGGAGCGUCGUGCGAAGGAGGUCGCAGUAGCAGAGGCUCAACGAUUACUAGACAAAAAGGAGAAGUCAGAACGUGAGAAAAGUGAAGCGGCUGCUGAGGAGCUCAAAAAUUCAGAGUUGAAGAAAGUCAACGGAUCAUCAGGCAGUGAGGGAUCACGACACUCUAAAUCAGCCUCGCCAGCUGCAACAAGAAUGACACCAAUUCUUCCUCCAAAAACAAAGCCUCAAACAUCCUCGACGGCCUUCAUCCCUAGUGGACGAAAAUCUAAUCUGAAACGAUCCCUAUCCUCUCAGUCCUUGAGAAGCUCUUCACCAGCGAAUCCCAAAUCAACCUCUGAUGUGGCUAUAAAUGGUGUUGGCGUUGAGGAUCAACUACCUCUCCCGAUUAAGCUGAAUAGGAAGGUCUCUUUCAAUGAGGAAACAAUAGCUCCUCGGAAGGAAACUCCUAUCCUGCCACCCGGCAGAAGAGUCAUACCAGGUGGGGUUGCAACAACCCCCAAAGCAGCCCCACAGAAGGACGCAACACCGAAACCUGCGAAUAAGGCUUCCAUUCUACCUCCUGGAAGACAGUCCAGCACGCCUAUCCCUGCUCCAAAAGCGAGCCGGUCAAGCAAAGAACGAAGUGCUACGCCAAUGACGCAAACCAAGAUCUCACCUCAGAAUCCAACUACUGGGACUGGUCUGAAGCCUUCCGUCAAAACUCAGCCUCUUAAGAAGUAUGGACGAGCGGCUGCGCUUCAGAAAAAAGGCAAGUCGUUGUCCGUUGAACAACCUACGGUCCAAGAUGCGGCUUCCGAUGCCGAAUCAGAAGCAGAUGUUGCAGACAACACUGGCACAAAAGAGCCAAAUCCUGCCGCAAUCCUACCCAAAGUCCUUUCCUCUAACACUACGAUCAAAUUCGAACCUCAAGACUCCAGAAAUGAAAUUGAGGAAGAUCAGGACGUGGUUGAGAAUGAGGAUGAGACGCAAAGCCACAACAGUUCGCCUCGUGAUAGCCGUUCGCCCAUCGUUUUCAGACAGCAUCCAGAACCAAUUGAGAUUGUAAAGCCCCAGCGUGCUGCCUCACCAGCAUCGGAGAGUGAUGAAGACGGAGAGGAAGAGGAAGAGGAGGCCGAGGAUAAGGACACCAAAGUCAGCAGCGAUGAUGCUUCUGACGACCAGGAAGAUGAAGACGACAUCGAGCCCGUCUCUACGAAAAAGGCCGAUGCUUUGUUUUCAAAGUCCGACAAAGCGCCGUCCUCUGAGUCCGACUCCGAAGUGGAUGCUGCGGAGGAAAGUGAUCAGGAAGAGACUGAGGUUCAAGUCCUCAGAUCAAGUCCUCCAGAAUUUCCUCCUCGCCAACGUGUCAACCCGAGCUUAGUCAGAGUGGUAACAAAACAAAAUCGGAAUAACAGUAAGGACUCAUUGUCUCAUAUGAGCAUCAAUACUCAAGACGAGGUUGACCAGCAACUAACGUCUUCGAUGUAUGAAGCUCUCCCUGCUCCGUCAUCUAGUGUUUCCCUUCCAAUACCCGCAUCGAGCGCCGUUACGAAGCCAAAGUUUGGCGUCGGUGUGAGCUUAAGCAGUCUUCUCGCUGCCAAGUCGACCCUUAGUAGUUCUUAUGCAGCAAGAGCCAAUGAUCCAAGGUCUAGUUCACAGAAAUUGCAGCUACCAGAGGAGGAGGAAGAAGAUGGUAGUGAAGAAGAAGAAGAAGAGGAAAGCGACUCGGAUGAAUCCUCGUCUGAUGAGGAACCAGGGCCUUCGAAGAGCAAGAGUACAGCAUCUACGAUGACAAGCAAGAUAAGCUUAAGGGCCGAGGACGCCCAGAAAGACUCGGAGGAGUCGGAUUCGGAUUCGGAUUCAAACAGUGACAAUGCUGUUGAUGAAGAAAGAACGCGACAGGAGCUCCUGGGACAGAUCGAUGCCCUGAACAGCAAGAAGGAUGGCGAUAGUCAAAGCAGCUUUUCGAGUCCCCAGGCCUAUAGGAGCAGUACCCAAGCCAAGAAAACCCCCCAGAAAAAGAGUGGCAGUCAGUUUAUCACUGGGUACAAUUUUUCGCAGCCUGCGUGACUAGCCGACACGUUCGGAAGAUGGAUGCGAGGUUGAAGUCUGACUUUCACAGCGAUGGAAGCAUUUUAGACUGAUUGGACAUAAGUGUUUAUAG